UUGCCCAAGAGGUUUGCAAACGAGAAGAGGCUGAGAUGGAUGGGGAGAGCAACAUUCCGGCGCAUAAAGGAACUGAAUGGCAGAGGAGGAGUUAUCGUUUAUCAGGACACAAAUUCCGAGAGAAAGUUUCGGGGCUCCCGCCUUUGCUGGAGUGUCAAACCUCCGGCAUCGGACUCCGAGCCCAUCGUAUCUUUGCUCAAGCGUUACUCACAUGUCGCGAGAGCCUUUUGUGGUGCAAUCGUGGAAUCAAAAGGGCUUGCUGUAUUGCCGGUGUUGUUGUGUGGUCACCUUAGACAACGUUUGCGGCGUAAUUUCUCAUUCAGAGGAGAGGGCAGGAGGGAGAGCCUAUCUGUGACAUAGUGUUGAGCGCAUUGUAGUAUCGAGUGAAAACCGUGUCCGGCUUCUGGUAGCCUAGGAGCGAGGAGGUGAUCAUCUAAGGAUUGAAGUGGGGUUAUGUGGUUUGUUGGUGUGUGCGCUUGGAAAUGGUUUAUGGGGAUGGGUAUUGAUGAGGGGGUUGGAGGUGGAGGGAGGCCUCGUGUAGCUUGCCAACACUGGAGAAGUGAGAAGUUCCAGGGUGAAUCCUUGGCCAACUGGAAGCACUAUCAGCUGGCUGACGAGCUCAUGCGAAAGACCACAAGAAAGGGCUGAGCAAACUGGGAAUCUGAACUUCACUUCGAGAUGAAGGAUAAAUCGAGGCGCUGGAUUAAUCAAUUAGAGUCCAGUCAUGAGAUGCAUCAGUUAUUCUGGUUAUGGAAUGCGUAAAGGAUAUGCCGGUGAGGAUAUCCAAUUGCAGGGAUGCCCUGGUAGCUGAGGAUGAGGUCAUCGGUUCGCAGUUUGGAACGGUGUCUGUUCCUUGGACGAGAGUUAAGGUGACUGGAGCUUGAGAGUCCGAUACCAUGCCUUUAGUGCGGUACGAAGUGCGGUGCGAACAUAGCUUGGCUAAUCCCGAGCUUUACCGCACUGCGGGUCGAGAUGACUCCGAGGGGUUACUCGAAGGAGUGGCCAUGGCUGGCCUUGUGGGCAUUGUCCGUCAGCUCGGCGACAUGGCUGAGUUUGCAGCUGAGAUUUUCCAGGACCUUCAUGACGACAUCAUGAAGAUUGUUUCACGAGGCCAGAAUUUAAAGGCCCGGGUUGCUCGUCUGGAGGCAGAUCUGCCGGCUAUGGAGAAGAAACUGCUUAUGGAAGCUAGUCAACUUACAUUCGCGUACAGUACACGGUCUAAAUGGCGUGCAUCUUUGCCAAUGGACCAGAAUCUUUGUGCGCAAGGAGAGGUUCCACGCUUCGUUCGUAACUUCUACGACGACUGUCGAGGUCCACCUCGAUUGUUUCUUCUUGACAAGUUUGAUGAAGCUGGACGAGGUGCAUGUGUGAGGAGGUAUACAGAUCCAACAUUUUUUAAAAUUAAUUGGGUCAGCUCGCAACUAUUGAAAGCUGAACAAUUACAGAGACAACGAGAGGCCGAACUACAAAAGAAGAAUAGUGCAGCUGAGGAAUUCUCGAACAAUGACGGUGCAAAGACUUAUACCAGAGAACGAUUAUCGUCAGCUCUCUUCGAGAAUCUCGAAGGGUUUACAGGCGAUUUCACCCCCGAUCUGCGUUCAAGGCGAUUGGACCGGGUGCUUGAGAUUCCAAUCGAGGGGGUUCUCACGCCGGAUGAGCCAGGCUCGCCCGAAAAGCCUCGAUCACCGGAGCGCAGAUUCCAGAGGCGGCAACUCCCUGAAGUUGCCGAAGGUCCCGUCCUGGCCCCCCUUAAGAUUAAUGCUAAAGACAUCCAGAAUGCAGCACUGGGACGCCGGACUUCAAGAUCCAACCAUGAUGAUGGAUUGUCUUGCGAUGAAGAAGAUGCAAGUAACGACGAUUUCUACGUGGAUGCGUUGACAACCAUGGAGUCUGACGUAGAUUCCGAGCCUGAUUCUCGAACUCGGUGGGAUGCCGAAGUCCAGAGCCGGUUCGCCAUGGAGUUCGAGCACGAGAAAUCACUCAACCAAUCUAUGCUGAAGUCGCAGGUGCAAGCGCACCGACAAACACAGUCUGGAGGGUCUGAUGAGUUAGACCAUAAUGAGGACGAUACGUGUAAGGUCGGUGGUUUCAAGGAGCCUGACAGCCUGGUUGUAGGUAACAAUACUGUUCGUCAAUGGGGGGAUUCUGCUGAAAGCCUCGCUGGAAGUCCUGGCGGCCAGCCUUCCGUUGAGGACGAAGAAUCGCUGUCUGUUGAUGAAAGCAUCGCCAACGAGUCGGCUACAAGUGAAGAAUCUGACGCACGGAACGGCCAUGAAUAUGUCGCUGAGAAGGUGCAUGAGGAAUCUCUACUACCCUCAACGCUCCCUGAUGUGCCCCUUAGUUCUCUUCCCUAUAAACCCUCCGUAAAAUUGGAUAAAAAACUGGAUGGAAAACUGGAUGGAAAACUGGAUGGAGAACUUGAUGGAGAACUUGAUGGAAAACUGGAUGGAGAACUUGAUGGAGAACUUGAUGGAAAACAUGAUGGGAAACUUACUGAAAAUCUUCCGAAUGAUAUUCCUGGCAAUCUUCCCAACGAAUUUCCUGAAGUGUGUCCCAUUAAGCGUCCUGAUACAGCGCCUCGCAAGUCUCCUAACAAAGUUGCCAAGAAGGUUUCAAAGAUAACUCCGAAAAAGGCACUCGGGAAGCCUACCCUCCAAUCACAUGCAUCUGUAGCUCUUUUGGAUAUGCGCAGAACUUCGACCAACGUGAAAGAGAAAGUUAGAACUUCUGUAGAGGGUAGAAACCAAUCACUUGGGCUGGAGAAUCAAGUCCCUCAGAUAGUGAAAGAAGACCAGUCCGCUUUGGCCAACGUUGGGCAACCUGUGACUCCUAGAAGCCGUCGUCGUUGGGCAAAGGAUAAUGGUUCACAGAUCCAAACUAGCAAUAUUCUAGGCUUUGCUGAUACCGAACGACGAAACCUGUCUCUGAGGGUUAAUGAUAGCUUGGACUUGAACAAUCUGCUUCGAUCGCGCAUGCUGGGCGGCAGCGGGCACUUCCAAGAGGAGAUAGCGUCAGGCUCACAGCGUGCGGUUAUUAUACACGAAGAUCAGUCCGUUGAAGUUUCUGAGCGCCUUGGCUACGAAUCGACACAACAUCGACCUUACAGGAACGAUUCGUCAUCGUCUGUGAUUGAGUAUGACGAUGGAUGGUACAUGUCGUCAGCAAGCUCGUCUCCGAAGGGGCCAAAUAUUUGUGCUCUCUCACCGCCCGAGUCACCGGCAAGAGUAGCUCGUGGGUUGAUGGGUUCACCUGUUGCGCACAGUACCAACCCCCAAUUUGGCAGGAAAAGCCCCGAAGGUCCGCCUGUUAUUCCUUUUCUGUCAAUUUCACCUACGGUCUCAAGGUCACCAUCGUUAAAUCAGGAUCAUUCUUUAAGUAAAGGAGAUCAAUUACCGCAUAAUUAUCCUUCUUUUGGACGAGCACUCCAACCCACACCUCCACCUCAAUUAGGUGCUAUGCUCCCUAGCUCCUGGCCACCGCAGACUACUGCAAGCUCUGCGCACAAUUCGGAUCAGCUCAAGGAUGUCCAUGCCACCGAUUCCAGGAGGGCUAUUGAUAAUGGUGGUUUGUAUUUCGAAAAAAGUAGGAUCCAGGCUUCCACUCUCCCGAACCCAGCUCCAAGGUCAAGGACUUGGGUCGAUCGUUCAGAAUCCAACGUUGCGGCCACUCUGCGUGCAAUUCGCCAGGCUGCCGCAGUAGUAAGUGAUCAAGAUGAUGAUACAGGAAGUGAGUGCUGAAGUGAUUGUUAAUGACGGAGUCGUCACUUAUGAAUGACCUGGAGCGUGGUUGCCUAGCCAGCCCAAGAUUUCCAGCCGUGUGGAGUAGCAAAGCGGCUGUGAUAGCAUCACAUAUGAACACGGUAGAGGAGGAAUCUAGACGGCCUAUUUCAUACUUAGAUUUGUUGAUCAGUACAUACCAAUUCAAAGAAAAAACUUUUUGUAAACAGAGAUUUUUUAUUUAUUUAUUUUCUUUCUUUACCCUGGUUUCUCA